AUGGCUCAUCAACAACCCCACCGAGACGAUUUUGGAAAUGCUCAAAGAACCUUCGACGUGCGUGACCGUGACCGUGAUGUUCGCAAGAAUGAGGAAUUCGGAAGCAGAACUGCCACCGACCCAGUAAGCAACUACGCUUAUGGAAGCAGAGGGAGUGGUGGAUAUGGUGCCCCAGGUGGAGGUUCUGAUUAUGGAGCCACUGGAUUUGAAUAUAGUACUCAAUAUGGAACUACUGGUACUGCUCCUGGAUAUGGCUCUCCCGCUGGGUUCGAUUCUAGUGGCACUGCUGUGUAUGGAACCACUGGUGCUGGUGCGGGUCAGUGGGGAAGAGAAGCAAAUGUGGAACGCGGUGGUGCAGGUGAACGGAACAGGAACAGGAACAGGAACAGGGACAUGGACAGGGACAUGGAGAUGGACAUGAACGUGAACAUGGGUAGGGAUCAGAAAUGA